AUGGCGGAAUCAAGCGCCCGUUCUUCCUCGCGGCAAUCUGGCUCAACCGGCAAUGGUGGGGGCGCCGGUGUUGUGGUGAGUGGCUCUCCCAUCCGGUAUCGCGUCGGCCCCUUCUUCUACGAACCACCGGUGAAGUGCAAAUGCCGCAACUCGAAGAAGUGUCCACGGUGGAUCUCCUGGAGCGUGGACAACCCCGGCCGUCGCUACUACCGUUGCCAAAUGGCCAAUACGAGUGAGGAUUGUGGUUUCUUUGAGUGGUUGGAUCCACCCUGUUCUCCAUGGAUGAGGGAGGUUUUGCUGGACAUGAAGGCAGAAGUCUUCAAGUUGAAGAGGGAGAGUGGACAAGCUGUUGGUGAUGAGGAGAUUUCAGAGAUUCAACAGAUGAACCAGACAUUGCAGAGGCAACUGGUGAACAUGGAUGCAGACCUGGAAUCCCAGAAAGAAGAGGUGAGGAAGAAAGAUGGGGAACUGGCUCUGAAGUGCUUGGAGUUAGUUGAACUGCAGUUGAAGCUGAAGGCAGCAAAGAACAAUUGGAGCACUUGUUCUGUGUUUAUGAUUGUAUUUGUGAUGGGCAUUUUCUGUGCUUUGUUUGGCAAGAUGAUGUAAUGGCAUGUAAU